GUCCGCGAGUCAUCCGCCUACAAAUAGACAGCACCACGCCGCCGGCGCCGCCGCCGUGCGCCGAUUGCCAACGAAUUCCUCCGUGCGCUAGCGCCCUCGCCUCCUGCCGUCGUGCGGCCUCGAGGGAGUCGCCGCGCGCGCGGGCGCUCGCUCGCUCCCUUUGCCUUGCAGCUGCCUACGCGUUCUCGCGGCGUCUCGCGGCUGCUGCUCGUGGGAGGUGCCUACCCCUCCUAGAUCCGGAGCGCCAUGCCGAGGAACCCGGGCUGCACCGUCUUCAUAGGUAACUUGGAUGAAAAGGUACCUGAAAGGGUCUUGUAUGAGAUUCUUAUUCAGGUAGGUCGUGUUGUAGACCUACACAUACCACGUGACAAGGAAACUAGUCGUUCCAAAGGCUAUGCUUUUGCUGAAUAUGAAACAGAGGAGAUUGCCCAGUAUGCCGUUAAGCUAUUUUCUGGCCUUGUUCAUCUUCAUAACAGAACACUUAGAUUUGCGAUUUCUGGACAAGACAAGCAAUCUUCAAAUGAUAGUAUUCCCGUAACACCUAAAUUGAACCCUAUACCACCACCAAAGCCUACUCUAAUGAGAUCUAGUGAUACUUCCGCAUCACAACAUACAGUGGUAAAUGGCAGGAUUGCUGGUAUUUCUCCAAACCAUUCUUAUAGCGUGCACUCUGAGGCAUCAAGUGGGGUAUCGAGUAGAGGAUUAAGCAAUGGUACAUAUGAGUAUAGUAGGCGCGUAUUUGGUUCUGUUCUGAAUGACGUUAGCCGUCGUACUUCUAGAGAAUCAAUUCCAUACCCGUCCUACUAGCAUAUUGGGCUCCAGUGAAGAACAUGCUAUGCUAACAGUUAGCCCUGUGAAUCCAAUGUUUGUUGUCUCAUAUCAGUCUGUAAUGUCAUCUAUGUAUUCACCAUUACUUGUAUGUAAAUAUGUCUUAUGGCGCAGCCGGGUAGGCUGAUGCUUAUAUUUUCUGUUGUUCUUCUGUUCUGAACAUUGUAGUCAGACUUGUGCCUACUGGUUAUCUCCCCUGCCAUGUCAUAGCGUCUAGUGAUAGCAUCUUGCCUCCACUAAGGCAGUUGUACCAAGAUUUAGUCUAAUUGCAGGGAUGGUUGGCAAUUUGUGUUUU